GAUCAGUCAUGUGCCUAGGCUCCCCAGUCGGCCCUAGCAAUAGUAAAUAUGCUUUUUUGAGCCCCUGGGAAUGCACAGAAGAAAAAAAGAAUAAGAAAUAAGAGAUUCAAGAAGUUCACAAGGAGAUGGAAAGAAAGAACCUGCAUUUGGGAACAAGCUAGAUCAUCCACUGAACCUGUUGGCAAAAAAAGAUUUACCACCAUGGUGUUUGCAUUCUAAUGAUGAAGGCGAAAGAGAAGGGCCUGGAAACUCUCAAGACAUGGCCAGACACUCCAUUUUAUAUUUCAUCCUGCUGAGUGCUCUGAUUGACAAGAGCCAAGCCUGCUUCUGUGAUCAUUACCCAUGGACUUCAUGGUCCAGCUGCUCAAAAACCUGCAAUUCUGGAACCCAGAGCAGAAGGAGGGAAAUAGUAGUAGAUGAGUACUACCGGAAGAACUCCUGUGAGCAGCUUUGCACCAAGCAGGAGACCAGAGACUGUAACUGGCAAACUUGUCCUAUCAACUGCCUUCUGGGAGAUUAUGGACCAUGGUCAGACUGUGACCCUUGUGUUGAAAAACAGUUUAAGGUUAGAUCUGUUUUGCGCCCCAGUCAGUUUGGAGGACAACCAUGCACUGAGCCCCUGGUGACUUUUCGACCAUGCAUUCCCUCCAAACUCUGCAACAUCGAAGAGGUUGACUGCAAGAAUAAAUUCCGCUGUGACAGUGGCCGCUGCAUUGCUAGCAAGUUAGAAUGCAAUGGAGAAAAUGACUGUGGAGACAAUUCAGAUGAAAGAAAUUGUGGGAGAACAAAACAAGUAUGCUCACGGACAUAUAAUCCAAUCCCUAACGUACAGAUGAUGGGCACUGGGUUUCAUUUUCUGGCAGGAGAGCCCAGAGGAGAAGUCCUUGAUAGCUCUUUCACUGGAGGAAUAUGUAAAACUGUCAAAAGCAGUAAAGCAAGCAAUUCAUACCGUGUUUCGGCAAAUCUGGAAAAUGUCAACUUUGAGGUGGAAACUAAAGAAGAUGAUUUGGAAACAGAUUUCUAUAAGGAUUUAACUCUUCUUGGACAGAAUAAAAAUAAUCAAGACUUUGGUGACGGCCAACAGGAGAGCCAUUUUCGUGUGCCAAUUUUUUAUUCCUCAUCGAAAAGCCAAACUUCCAACCAUAAUUCUGCCUUCAAACAAGCCAUUCAAGCCUCCCACAAAAAGGAUUCUAGUUUUAUUAGGAUCCAUAAAGUGAUGAAAGUCUUAAACUUCACCAUGAAAAGUAAAGAUCUGCAGCUUUCUGAUGUCUUUUUGAAAUCACUUAAUCAUCUGCCUCUAGAAUACAACUAUGCUCUCUAUAGCCGGAUAUUUGAUGAUUUUGGGACCCACUAUUUUACCUCUGGGUCCUUGGGAGGCGUGUAUGACCUCCUCUACCAGUUUAGCAAUGAGGAACUAAAGAACUCAGGUUUAACAGAGGAAGAAAUGAAAAAUUGUGUUCGGAUCGUAACAAAGAAACGCUACUUUGGUUUCAUUAAAAAAACAAAAGUGGAAGAACGGUGCACCACUAACAAGAUGUCAGAGAAAUAUGAAGGUUCAUUUUUGCAGGGAGCAGAGAAAUCCAUCUCCUUUGUGAAAGGUGGGAGAAGUGAGUAUGCAGCUGCUUUGGCAUGGGAGAAAGGGACCACUGGUCCAGAAGAGAAGGCCUUUUCUGAAUGGGUAGAAUCACUGAAGGAUAAUCCUGCUGUGAUUGACUUUGAGCUUGCUCCCAUCACGGACUUGGUAAGAAACAUCCCCUGUGCAGUGACAAGACGGAACAACCUCAGGAAAGCCUUUCGAGAAUACGCAACCAAGUUUGACCCUUGCCAGUGUGCUCCAUGCCCUAAUAAUGGCCGCCCCACCCUCUCAGGGACCCAAUGUCUGUGUGUGUGCCAGAGUGGCACCUACGGUGAGAACUGUGAGAGACGCUCCCCGGAUUACAAAUCUAAUGCAGUCGAUGGGAACUGGGGCUGCUGGUCACCCUGGAGCACGUGCGACGUGACUUAUAAGAGAUCAAGAACCCGAGAAUGCAACAACCCUGCCCCGCAACUAGGAGGGAAACCCUGUGAGGGGGAGAAGCGGCAAGAGGAACACUGCACAUUUUCAAUCAUGGAGAACAAUGGACAACCAUGUAUCAGCGAUGAUGAAGAAAUGAAAGAAAUAGACCUUCCUGACGUAGAAUCAGAUUCAGGGUGUCCUCAGCCAGUUCCUCCAGAAAACGGGUUUAUCCGAAAUAAUAAGAAACUGUACUCAGUUGGGGAAGAUGCUGAAAUUUCAUGCUACACUGGAUUCAAAGUUGUUGGGUACCAGUACGUCAGAUGCUUGCCAGACAGGACCUGGAGGCAAUUAGAUGUGGAAUGCCAACGGACACAGUGCCUCAAGCCAGUUGUGCAGGAAGCCCUGAUGCUUUCACCAUUUAAGAUGACAUAUGAAAUUGGUGAAUCCAUUGAGCUAACCUGUCCCAAUGACUUGGUCGUUGCUGGGCCAUCAAGAUACACAUGCACUGGGGAUUCCUGGACACCGCCUAUUCCAAACUCACUCACUUGUGAAAAUGAUAUUCUGAAAACAUUAAAGGGACAUUGUCAACCAGGACAAAAACAAGUAGGAUCCGAAUGUAUUUGCAUGUCUCCAGAAGAAGACUGUAGCCAUUAUUCAGAAGAUCUCUGUGUGUUUGAUUCAGACUCCAGUCAUUAUUUUACUUUACCUGCUUGUAAAUUUUGGGCCAAGAAAUGUUUAAAUAAUCAGCAACUCCAUUUUCUACAUAUUGGUUCCUGCCAAGAUGGUCUACACUUAGCAUGGGGUCUUGAAAGGACAAAACUUUCCUCCAAUAGCACAAAGAAAGAACCCUGUGGCUAUGAUACCUGCUAUGAUUGGGAAAAAUGUUCAGACUCCACUUCCAAAUGUAUCUGCCUGUUGCCCCCGCAGUGCAUCAAGGGUGGAAACCAGCUGUACUGUGUCAGAAUGGGCUCAUCAAAGAGUAAGAAGACAGCGAACAUCUGUGAAGUAGGAACUGUAAGAUGUGCCAACAGGAAAGUGGAAAUACUGCACCUGGGCGGGUGUUUGCCCUAACACAGCUACUGGUACACAGAUUUACUAUCCAGAAAUAAUCCCUUCCAAAGGGCAUUCUUGUGCAAACAGUAGACUGGCCUGCCCAGAAGUCACUGACAUGCUCUUUUGUGCUAGUUUCAUAUAAUUAUUCUCCCCUGCCUCUCCUGUCUUAGCCUCCCCUACCCAGUUCCAACCCAUGACACCCUGUAGCUUAUCCUUGGUAACACCUUUCAUAUCAAUCUAGUAAAUUCUUCUGUUCAUGUUGCACUAAGUGAUGGAACUUCUGAGGACCUUAUGCAGCCCGUGGUGCUCCGCAUCCUCACAGGUAGAAAUAAGAACAAACACUGUAAUGUUCUUCAAUGGAUCAAUAAACAUAGAAAUCUACAACAACUUGUAAAACAGUCUUGAAACCUAACCUUCACACAUUCAUUUGACAAAUAAUUCUGAAUAUCUGCUAUGUUCCAAGUACUGUUUAAGGUGCUGGCGAAUCAGCAGUGAAUAAAACAGAUAAAAUCUCUUGCCUUCAGGAAGCUCACAUUCACGUGAAGGAAGACAUACAUAAAAAAGAAAGAAAAAGAAGCACAUAACAUAUAUAGUAUGUUUGAUGGUGUCAAUUACUAUGGAGAGAACAAUGCAGGGAAGGUGAGCCCCACACUUAAGCCUCAUCUGAUACAAGGAAAUAUUCCAGAGUAAUAAGCAUCCCAGUAAGGAUGAUCAGACUCAAAUGUAAAUUGCCUGUUUAAAGUAGUUAAUAAACUUCUGAAAUUCCAGUCUCUUGGGAAAGAGAAAGGGGGUUCUCUUUGCCUCCGCUAAAGCACAUUACAAAGUUUUUAAGCUUAUGUGAUAGAUGGAAAAUCGUCAGAGAAUUUUUAAAAUAAAUCAUAUCUUUUGUAUUAGGCCA